AUGGACAGUUCCCUAACAAUACAAUGCUUUAAUCGCGACGAUUGUUUGGCUUUCUAUAGCGGAUCUGGUUUUGAAUGCAUUGAUAGCCAAUGCAAAUGUAUGCACGUAUUAGAGGACAGUAAAGGUGGUAAUGGUGUGAAAACCUGUUCCUCACAGUGUCUAUACAACGAUCAAAAUUGCCAACAAUUAGACAAACGUUUGGAGUGCGCUAUCGGUGGCAAUGAUUGCCAGUGUAGUGACACCGGCUAUAAAAAAGAUCCACUAAAUGGCAACAAAUGUAUUGAAGAUGUCUAUUAUAGUGGAUCCAAAUAUCAUCAAUGGUGUCGUACUAAUAGUGACUGCAAAGAUAGUGAUAUGGUAUGUGUGGAUGGCUAUUGUCAAUGUAAAAAUGGAUUCACUUAUGAUGACAGUAAUAGAAAGUGUGUGUCUGUACCAGAUUAUUGUGUUGAGGGAACGUUAUGUAGCACUUAUGAUAGAAAUAGAUUGUGUCAUCAAGGUAACUGUACUUGUUCAAAUAAUUUUAUGGUCGAUAAUUCUAAUGGCUUGAAAUGUAUACCAACGAUACCCGUUACUACUGAGUCAGUAUUAACAACAACAACAACAACACCUGAACCUCCAAAGAAUAUUAAAAACAAUUUAUCGAUAAUAAUAAUAUCAUCGAUUGUCAUAUUCACAGUAUCCAUAGGAAUAGCGUUGUAUAUUAUGAAUAAUAGCAGUAAAUUUACCAAAAACUUUGAAACAAUUGAAAAAUUAGGUAUGGGUUCAUUUGGGUUGGUCCUGAAAAUUAAGGACAAACGGACUAAACAAGAAUAUGCUGUUAAGAUAAUUGAAUUAAUUGACGCAACAAAACUGCCAACAGAUGCCAAAUACGUAAAACUACAAACAUAA